AUUGUGUCGACAGCCAAAGAUACACAGAUUCAAAAGCAGUCUAAGAGCGCAGAAGAUCUCCCACCCGCAGAUCCAAGAGACGCCAACCGACGGUGGCUUUGUCGCUGGUGGCUGAAACCACUUGGCGAGGGUUUGAAAUCCAACAAUGAUCAACAGACGCCACAAAGCAGUCAGCCGGCAUCAUCGCCAGAGACGAACAGACCUUCCACUGCUUUCCUGCAUCCGAUGACCUUCUCGAUGGCUCGCAACCACUGUUGCAGACUCUGUGCACGGCAAAUGCAGACCUUGGAAACUCGCCUGCUCUGAAAUUGCGUGCUAUCGACGGUUCGUUGAGUUUGCAACACCAAUUUCCUGGGACCCCUGUCGAGGACCACUUUGGGGUGGAACAAGCACACCACAGCACAAGCAAUGAGCUGGUGAGUGGUGCGAGGCUCUGUCCUAGCUCGACUCGACGACACAAGGUUUGGUGGCUCUCCUUUAUAUCAGGUUUGUCGCCCGGCUAUAGUUUCGUACCCUCUUCUUUUGUUUGUUUGUCACCAUCGUUGUCUACACAGUCGCUCGUUUGUCCUUGUGUAAAAGCUCACGCUCCUUCGUUCCGCCCGUCAACUCCUCCUCUUCACUCAUUGUCUACCUUUUGCUCGCGACCAAAACAAAUCGAUUGGAGUGUGCUCUGAAUCUCGACCUAUCCAACAAUGAAGUCUUUCCUCGCCAUUCCCGCGCUCUUCGCCCUCGGCGCCGUUGCCGACUCAUGGGGGUUCACCUGGACGUUUUCCAAUGAGCACAGUACCUGGACGUCGUGCACCUAUGCCUCUGAGAACGCAACCACUACUAGCGUCGAAGUGUCUACGUCCAGCGGCCCCUGGUCCGAAUGGACAUCCACAACAUCCUACACUGCGACCUACAGCUCUGGCGCUUCGACAUGGGGCAUUCCAACAGCUGUGAGCUACAGCGUGGCUUCCAACUUCACCAGCAUGAUCCCUGCGCCAACUGAAGCCACCAGCACGGUCGCGCUCACGACUUCUGCGCCCGUUACCUCCGUGGAGGCCUCGAAGACUUCUGCUGCCCCGUCUGCAUUCACUGGUGCCGCCGUCCCUAAUGUCAACGGAAAGAUUGCGGGAAUGGGUGCUGUCGCUAUGGCUGGGUUGGCGUUGGUUCUGUAAACGAACCAGGAGGAAGGAAAUUUGGACGGUAACUGCAAGGCAAAGAUACCCGUGGAGUAUGAACUCGGAAAUGCUUCUUGGAUGUGCAUUUCAUUAUCACCGGCGCCGGAUUGGUACACAACUAUCGAGGUCAUCGACGCAGGGGGCCGUCACCCAAUGACAGGGCUUUAUUUCCUGACAUCACCCGACAAGGAACCUACGAAAUGAACUUGUCCAUGUCUUCCCAUAAAAUGCGUUUCAGCAACCAUGCAGAUGUGUUACGUGUAUUUGUUGCAAGACCUAUGUAAUCAAUUUCAGAACUGCGAGCUACCUAUCCCGUGUGAGUUCCAGUCAAGUCUGGAGAGGCUUGCUACCCGCCGUUCUCGACCAAGUGACUGGAAACCCAGCAUGUCACCACAUGGACUCAUAGUGAGACAUUGAACACGGGAUGUCGGCUCGCUGGGCACCACAAGGCGAUAUUGGUAUCCAUCGUCCCAAAGCCGUCACGGCUGGAGUGGUGGGGCGAGCAAAUUAAUAAUAAACAAGCGAGACCUCCAAAUAGAUGCGAUCGUCCAAUAACCCAG